AAUGAAUAUAUGUACUAUCAACUGCUCCAUGAUUCACAAAGUUCAGUAAGUUCACAUUCGCCACCGGAGCAAGAUGUCACACUACCCGCCCCACUACAUCCCACCGACGGGACACGGAACGCCCCUACCGCACAACCCACACGAGGGUCACAUUUCCACCACGGUGUUCCCACCGGAUAUGAAUCCGAACUAUCCGCACCAACCGAUCGGGACCAAUCCGCAUUACCCACCGGGCGGAGUGCACCCGCCGGGCCAUUAUCCACCGCCGCACCUGAUGCCACCGCCCAUCGAUAACCCCAGUUACCCGCCGGGUCAUUAUCCGCCGGGGCAUUAUCCACCGGGACACUACCCACCGGUCGAGGGGUAUCCACCGCAUUACCCGAAUCCGUACGAACAGGGGGUCGCUUAUGGCCGUAAGGAGCCGGAGAAGAAGUAGGUCCAACCAUGGAAUAUGUUGGGAUGUCCUUGUGACAUUUGUUUUUGCCUAGUGGUUAAGGUGUGUUAUGGUUCUUACGUAAUGGUGAACUUACCAAGUGUAUUUCAGACGGAACAACUCGAAUCGAAUCCAUGAAAUAAAAUUACAUUUUAGAUAGCAAAGUGGAUCAUUUUUUCUUUGGUUAU